AUGUCUGGCCACAAUCUCCACAAUGCGCUUCUACGACCCCCCAUCAUUCAAAUUCUACGUGCCCAGGGAUUUCAUUCCACACGACCAUCAGUCCUCGAAACUCUGUCCGACCUCACUGGCCAAUACCUCAUGAUACUUGCCUCGGCGACAGCUUCGCACGCCGCCAACGCUCAUCCCGAAGAUCCUGUCCCCGUCCUCGAGGAUAUCUACCAAGCGCUGCUAGACACAGGCGCCCUCCGGCCACAACUGCGAGAAUGGGAAGAGGACUGGGCUGGGGAAGAAGACAUGCGCGGGCUGGACGCUUUCCUCGGAUGGAUCACAGGCCCUGCGCAUCGUGAAAUUCGCCGCAUUGCAGGCUUUGUCCCUAGUGAGGGCGAUAUGGUUGACCCGGAUGCAAUCGAAAAGGAGGAUUAUUUGACAUCGCUGAAAAAGAAGCACAGUAAGACCGGAGAAGAGUCGCGAUAUGCAGGAACGGUUUUGGGCAAGGAUGGCGAAGAGCACCCGAUCGUCCUCGACGGAGGUCUGCCGAGUAUCCGGGAAUGGGGUGCUCAGGUUCGCUCGCGAGUUCCUUUGAGCCCUGUGACCAGCGAGACUUCCGGUGUCAGUAGCGCACCGAGUCAUCUCUCUGAUGACGAUCGGAUGGAAGGUUGA